AUUCAAGUAUAUCGGCCAUAACGUAGCUUCUGGUUUCUGUCUUUGAUCCCAGAUUCUGAAAAAGGGAUGCUGAAAUUCAUUCUGUAUGUGAAGAAUUUGACGACCAGAGGAUAAGGAGAAAAGUUUCCGGCUUUGUAGAGUUUUGAGUUAAAAUUGUUGGUACCCAUAUACGGUUUUCGAUAAUGAGUGGUGCUCCAAAGAGAUCUCAUGAAGAGGUUGGUAGUCAUUCUGCUUCUGCAAAGUAUCCACAUGAAGAUCCCAGUGCAUACCCAAAGGUGACAUCUUCUUCUGUUUCUAAUGAUUACCACCAUUCUCCUGCCUAUGAGACGGGUCAAGAUGGUAGAACAGCCAAGAUACCACGUACUGAAUCCCGUGAUUCGGAUAGAAGGUCGCCUCUGCAUUCAAGUUAUCGAUUGCCUUCAUCUGCUUCAAAUGAUUCACAUAUGGACUCCCAUCCUAGUGGUUCGGAUAGUAGGAUGGAGUCUCGGGAGCUUAGGGUUGAGAGCCGAGAGCCAAGGGCAGAAACGAGGGAGUUUCACAGUGAGGCAGUGAAGAGGGAGUAUCAAAGUGGAAAAAAUGAAAAGGAUGUUAGGUUUGAGAAUAGAGGAGAAGAUGUUAAAGAUGUGAAGUAUGACAGGGAGAACUACAGUGAUCCAAAGGGUGACAUGAAGGUUGAAAAGGAUGGUUAUGGUGGGUCUAGUAGUCACUUGGGUUGGAAGGAAUCAAGGGACUACCAUAGAGGAAAAAAGCAUUCAGAAGCCCCAGUGGGAGGCAUGGAUCCAUGGCAAAUGCCACGUGGUAGUACACCAGGGCUAAUUGAAGUUGGAAAGGAAGGCUCUGCUGCUGAAGAAAGGGAUCGUGUGGAAGUGCACGAGGCUGUUGGUGAGAAUAAAUUUGAUCCAAAAGGUGAGGAUAGGUUUAAGGACAAGGAAAGGAAAAGAAAAGAAGGGAAGCUUCGUGACUGGGGAGAUAGAGAUAAGGAAAGAAGUGAUCGCAGGAGUAGCAGCAUGCCAGCAGGUAAUAGCAGUGGGGAUGGUAAAGAAUCUGCAAGAGAGGAGAGAGAGGCUGACAGAUGGGAAAGAGAGAGGAAGGAUUUGAAGGACAAGGAGAGACUGAAAGAGAAGGAAAAGGAUCAUGUCAAGAGAGAAUUGUUGAAUGGAACAGAGAAAGAUGGAUUGCCCAAUGAGAAGGAAUUGGGAGAUGGAACGGCUAAAACAUCUGAGCAAGAGAAUACUACAUCUGAGCAGAGAAAACAAAAAGAGUUGGAUAACUGCAAAAAUGUUGAUAGAGAAGCUAAAGAGAGGAAGCGGGAAAGAGAUGUUGACACAGAAGGAAACAGAUCUGAAAAGCAAAGUAGGGGCUAUGAAAAAGAAUCUGAUGACGGAAGUGUAGAUGCUGAAGGGGCUAAUGAAAAGGACAGGGAAGGUUUUAAUUAUGGAGUCCAGCAGCGUAAAAGGCGGCCAAGAGGCAGCCCUCAAGUGACAAAUCGUGAGGCCCGUUUUAGGUCCCAUUCUCAGGAAAACGAAGGAUCUCAGGGUAAAGCUGAAGUAUCUUCUGUUGUCUAUAAAGUUGGUGAAUGCAUGCAAGAUCUAAUUAAGUUGUGGAAAGAAUAUGAAUCAUCUCAGGCUGAUAAAAGUGGUGAUAGUUCUCAAAAUGGUCCUACUCUUGAAAUUCGUAUACCUGCUGAGCAUGUUACUGCUACAAAUCGCCAGGUUAGAGGCGGUCAGUUGUGGGGUACUGAUAUCUACACAGAUGACUCUGAUCUUGUUGCUGUUCUCAUGCAUACUGGGUAUUGCCGCCCCACUGCCUCACCUCCUCCACCAGCCAUUCAAGAGUUGCGUGCUACCAUCCGUGUCCUGCCUCCUCAAGAUUGCUACACUUCUAAACUUAGAAACAAUGUUCGUUCCCGUGCAUGGGGAGCUGGAAUUGGUUGUAGUUAUCGUGUUGAAAGGUGCUGCAUUGUUAAGAAGGGAGGUGGGACCAUUGAUCUUGAGCCUUGUCUUACACAUUCAUCCACUGUAGAGCCUACCCUUGCUCCAGUAGCUGUGGAGCGGACAAUAACUACAAGAGCUGCAGCUUCGAAUGCAUUGCGGCAACAAAGGUUUGUAAGGGAAGUUACAAUACAAUACAACCUCUGCAAUGAGCCUUGGAUAAAAUACAGUAUAAGCAUAGUUGCUGACAAGGGUCUUAAGAAGCCCCUUUACACAUCAGCACGCUUGAAGAAGGGUGAAGUUCUCUAUUUAGAGACACAUUCAUGCAGGUAUGAGCUCUGUUUUACCGGUGAGAAACUGAUGAAAACCACAAUAGCACCUCAAGCUAAUGAAGCUGAGACAGAAAAAUCUCAAAACCACCACUCCCAUUCCAUAAAUGGUGAAAAGAAUGAUGCAGAUAACAUUAUGAUUGAUGUUUUCCGUUGGUCUCGCUGUAAGAAGCCCCUUCCACAGAAAGUCAUGCGUUCAGUUGGGAUCCCCUUGCCACUUGAACAUGUUGAGGUAAUAGAGGAGAAUCUCGACUGGGAGGACGUGCAGUGGUCACAAACAGGUGUUUGGAUAGCUGGAAAAGAAUACACACUUGCACGGGUGCAUUUUCAAUCUUCUAACUAGCUGUUGUUCUAAUGUUUUCUGUGUUACAUGUACCAUAACUUCAUGUUUUACAUUAUUGAAUCUGACCUGUAAACCAUGUCCGAGUGUGAAAUUAUAUAGAUACUGUAUUAUUGGGCUCAUCUCUUCGGCUGGAGUUGGCUGGAGAGGAUGUCACUUUCAGAAAUAGAAUGUCAGUGUUGUG